ACAAUGCCUCGCUUCUUCGUGCAGCCAGUCGGUGAUGUUUGUGCAGCCGUCGCUCCAACAAUGCAGCUUUUAAUGGGGCUGUGAGAUGGAAACGCAGCAGCACCGCCAGGCUGGCCGGGGACCGUGGCCGCUCAGACUGCGCACCGUCACGCUUCUCACCGGCCCUCCGGCCUUUGCGGCGAGGAAUUAGCCUCCAUUUGCUGGACACACUUUCCGCCGGGCGGAUUUCUUCUUCUAGAAGAACAACGAUACUUGGAAAGUUCCAACACCUUUGUUGGGUUUCUGGUGGCGGGAGGACCCGAACAUGGGCACAUCUGAGUUAUCGCACGGUCACCAUGUCCUCCUGGCGUCGCCCAUCAAGGGACGAUCCCUUUGCUUACACUGAACCUUUUUCCCCUGCACACAUUCAGAGGAGUAGUUGAAACCUCUCAGCAGAAAAUGGCACCGGCGUUUGUGGGUUACUAUACAGACUACAUCUUAGAAUACAGGUGAGGCUCAGCCUCUGCCCACAUCCCCUGCAGGACUCUCUGCGGAGGUACGCAGCAGCAGGUGACCUUUUUCAGAGAAGAUUUGAUGGUUUAGCGUCUAUCAUCACGCCUUGUUGACAAGGUCGACCAUGGCUGCUGCUCUUUAUAGAAACGGUUCCCUGGUGGGGCAGUUAAAGGACUGACGGGUCAACAAUGCAGCGGAACGGCGGCGGAGUGGGAGGCGGUGGACAGACCUGGGUGCUGCGCCGGGUGCGCCUCACGUGGCUCAGCUUCAUGCUCUUCUUCAUCCUGGUCUUCUUCCCGCUCAUCGCCCACUACUACCUCACCACCAUCGACGAAGCCGGGGGCCCCGACAAGCGCAUAUUCGGGCCGCGGCCCGGCGGGGAGCUGUGCGAGGCCAAGCACGUGCAGGACCUGUGCCGCAUCCGCGAGUCGGUCAGCGAGGAGCUGCUGCAGCUGGAGGCCAAGCGGCAGGAGCUCAACGGGGAGAUCGCCAGGCUCAACCUGCGCAUCGAGGCCUGCAAGCGCAGCAUCGACAGCGCCAAGCAGGACCUGCUGCAGCUGAAGAACGUCAUCAGCCAGACGGAGCAUUCCUAUAAAGAACUAAUGGCCCAGAACCAGCCCAAGCUGUCCCUGCCGGUUAGGCUGCUGCCAGACAAAGACGACCCAGGACUACCGCCGCCAAAGUCGUCGCGUUCCUGCCGCCUGCGGUCCUGCUUCGACUACGCGCGCUGUCCGCUCACGUCGGGCUUUCCUGUCUACGUCUACGACACAGGUUCUUAUCCGUGGGGGAAUUAUCUAGACCCGCUGGUGAAGCAGGCUUUCGCAGCAUCUGUUAAAAGCAAUAUUUAUGUAACCGAUAACCCAAGCAUUGCCUGUUUGUAUUUGGUACUGGUGGGAGAGAUACUCGAAUCCUCCCCGCCGCCGCCUCCGUCGGAGCUGGAGAAGCAGCUGAAAGCUCUUCCUUACUGGAGGUCCGACGGACACAACCACGUCCUGGUGCAUUUCUCCCAGAAGUCCAUGACGCAGAACUUCCUGUACAACGUCAGCACAGGGAGGGCGGCGAUCGCCCAGUCCACCUUCCUGGAGCGGCAGUACCGCGAGGGCUUCGACCUGGUCGUGUCUCCGCUGGUGCACGCGCUCUCGGAGCCCAACUUUUUAGAGGUUCCGCCGCAGGUUCCCGUAAAGAGGAAGUACCUUUUCACCUUCCAGGGCGAGAGGGUGGAGUCUUUGAGGAGCAGCCUGCAGGAGGCGCCACCUCAGUCGUUCGAGGAGGAGCUGGAGGGAGACCCUCCCGCUGACUACGACGAUCGGAUAAUCGGCACUUUAAAGGCGGUGCAGGACAGCCACCUGGAUCAGGUGCUGGUGGAGUUCACCUGCAAGAACCCAAAGCCAAGUUUGCCGACGGAAUGGGCGCUCUGCGGGGAGAGGGAGGACAGGCUGAAGAUGCUGAAGGAAUCUACUUUCGCCCUGGUGAUCUCUCCAGGGGACGGACAGCUGGUCGCCUCGGCGGGGUGCGGCAUGAGGCUGUUCGAGGCCCUGGAAGUAGGGGCCAUCCCCGUCGUGUUGGGGGAUCACUCCAGACUACCGUACCACCAGUUCAUCCGCUGGACCGAAGCCGCCAUCAUAGUGCCCAAGCCCCGCGUCACAGAGCUCCAUUUCCUGAUGCGAAGCUUAUCGGACAACGACGUGCUCGCCAUGCGGCGGCAGGGUCGCUUCCUCUGGGAGACCUACUUCUCGACCUCGGAAAAUGUUCUCAACACCAUCCUCGCGAGCAUACGAACCAGCAUCCAGGUUCCUGCCGCUCCGAUCCGGGACGAGCCCGCGCAGGAGAUUCCCCACAAAGCCGGGAAGCUGGCAGGAACCGACGCCAACCUGGCCGACAACGGCGACCUGGACCUGGGUCCUGUAGAGACGGAGCCUCCGUACGCCUCUCCGCGCUUCUUGCGCAACUUCACGUACACGGCCGCAGACACGUACAGAGCGUGGAACAGGGCCCCGGGGCCCUUCCAUCUGUUUCCCCACACUCCCCUGGACCCCGUGUUGCCGUCCGAAGCCAAAUUCCUUGGCUCCGGAACCGGUUUCAGGCCUAUCGGCGGGGGCUCGGGGGGCUCUGGGAAAGAAUUUCAGGCUGCUCUGGGAGGAAAUGUCCCUCGAGAGCAGUUCACGGUGGUCAUGCUGACGUACGAGAGGGAGGAGGUGCUGAUGAACUCCCUGGAGAGGUUGAAUGGGCUGCCGUACCUCAACAAGGUGGUGGUGGUGUGGAAUUCACCAAAGCCUCCCUCAGAGGACCUGCUGUGGCCAGACAUCGGCCUGCCGAUCGUGGUUGUCCGCACAGAGAAGAACAGCCUGAACAACCGCUUUCUGCCGUGGGACGUGGUGGAAACGGAGGCCAUCCUCUCCAUCGACGACGAUGCUCAUCUUCGGCACGAUGAGAUCAUGUUUGGCUUCAGAGUGUGGCGCGAGGCCAGAGAUCGCAUCGUGGGUUUCCCUGGGAGGUACCAUGCGUGGGACGUCAACCACCAGUCCUGGCUCUACAACUCCAACUACUCCUGUGAGCUCUCCAUGGUCCUGACAGGAGCUGCUUUCUUCCAUAAGUACUACGCCUACCUGUACUCCUACGUCAUGCCCCAGGCCAUCAGGGACAUGGUGGACGAGUACAUAAACUGCGAAGACAUUGCCAUGAACUUUCUGGUGUCUCACAUAACCCGCAAACCACCUAUCAAGGUAACGUCCCGGUGGACUUUCCGCUGCCCCGGCUGUCCUCAGGCCCUCUCCCACGACGACUCGCACUUCCACGAGCGCCACAAGUGCAUCAACUUCUUCGUCAAGGUGUACGGUUACAUGCCGCUGCUGUACACGCAGUUCAGGGUGGACUCGGUGCUGUUUAAGACUCGCUUGCCCCACGAUAAGACGAAGUGCUUCAAGUUCAUCUAGCGCGGAGGAGGAGGAGGGGGGGGGGGGGUCUGAAAGACUGAAGCUCCUACUGAGAGUAGCGAUGAAGAAUGACGGUUGGGUCGGCGUGCAGGAGGACGCUUUCAGGCUCCGGAGGCGGGAUCGUAAAGGUUAAUUUUUUUUUUUUUGGACGGCUGGAAAUUCAAAGAGUGGAAGUUGAAAGAAACCACUGCCGAGAAAUGAAGCCUUGUCAGUGGAUGUCACUUUUUUUUUUUUUUUUUUUUUUAAACUUGCCUUUUCAAUCACGUUCAAUCAUCAACCACUACUUACAGAAGACGUUUUGCACCUCUUACCUGCCUGCUAAUUAAAAAGCAGGCAGCCUGACAGUGUACAGAAACUCCCGAUCGCGGAGCUGCAGAAGUAACAGAAUAAUAGUUUCGACUGAGAGCGACGCAGUUUAAAACUGUUCUUCAAACUCGAGCACUGAUGGUCAGACGUAUUUUAUCGGACUCUUUGUUUUAUUUUUUUAAUGUCGUUAAAAUGUAUGUGUUGUGGACAUCUUUUUUUAAAAAAAAAAAAAAAAACCUCCCCGCCUUUGGGGAAUCAGUCCGAUCAUGUUUAAGCAGCAUUGGGUCCCUUCAGAGGGAGUUCACUUCAGCAGUCACCACAAUGCCUCCAGUCUGUCAAUAAAACCAGCCGUCACAUAGUCGGGCUCAAGUCAUUUUUAAAUGCACGCAAUAGCAACCAAAUGGCUGCAAAUUAGACUUAUGACGCUUCAAGAAUCCCUGCAGCAAAAGUCCAUUUUGGAUGUAGUUUGAGGUCUUUACUAGUCUGGUCAGGAGCUUAAAGCCACUCAUCGUGAACAUCAACCUCACAUUAGUUGGUAACAAUGUAACAUUUCAGCGAUUAGGUUUAAUGAUUUGUUGAAAAAGAUUUCUGGCUAUCCAAACAUAGAUAAUAUAUACAUACACACACACUAAUUAGGGGGCGAUAAAGGUCUCUGAGUGGGUUUAUACCUCAUCCGCUUUCUCUUUGGAGCCACCAGGACAGUCCCGACAUAAUUCUGCUGCAUGUUUGACCACAGACCGCGAUGUUUAUAUAACUUUAUAUAAAUUGGACAGUUUUCUGUUACCUGAGUUUUAAGUGUGGCCCGUAGGUUUUACAGUAGGUCUGUUAUAUCCAUUCAAAGAACGGUUUGGAUGCGUGUUCUGAUUUUAACGAAGUGGAACAAUUUGGAGGCGGUUGCUUCAGUGCCCUUAGGUUUCAAAAGUCUGAAUUUGACUUCUCCGAAUACUUCCUGUCGUGAUCAUCUUUGUCACGACCGACGAUGAAACGUCUCAAGUAGGGAGCUGGGAAUUUCGGUCCAGUGUGAAGCGGCUGGUUUUGCAGCGUCUCUGUGGACAGAGACACUGACGUGUCCGGCGUCUUCUAGUGUUCAGUGGUUCUUGGGUUGUUCUUGAACUUACCGGUUUCCUGUCUCCUGACAGUUUGUCCGGGUUUCUUCACAGUCUGGGUCAGCACACAAAGUCGAGUGUUUCAACAGUACAGCAUCAGAACCGGCUGGCUGAUGAAGGCUGACAUUAUCUUGUUUAGGGCUGCUAAGCAGUCUGGAACGAGACUUUUUUUUAGUUUUUGGUUUUCAGAUCCGUAGAAAUAUGGAAGAAUACUUUUAUUUACAGACUUUCUCAGUUCUAUUGUCUAAAUUACAUGCCCUUCUUCUUUCCUCAUACACUUCCUCAUCUUGAGUCCCUCACCCCCUUAUGAACUUCCUCCUUUCCUUGAACGUCUUUUUCUCUUUUUGCUUGUGUCCUCCCUUCUGUCCUCACUCCCUUCCUAUCUUCCUUGUGCUCUUCUAUCCCUCCUUUUGUCGUUCCCUUCUUCUGUCUUCCUUUUGUAAUUUCUUGUGUCUGGUCUCCAUUCCUUACUUGUCUCCUUUGUCCCUUCCUGCAAUCCUUAUUUUUCUGUCCUCCUUUACUUUGAUCCUUCCAUUUUGCCCUUCCUUUCCUACCUUCCUUGUCCUCAGUCCUUCCUUCCUCCUGCUGUUUCGUCCUUUUACCCACCCAGUUUGUGCUUUUUGCUGUCACCAUUAUAUAGAAAAAAAACCUGACUGUUUGCGUUUUAUAUUUUAAAAGGACUAAGAAGGCUGGGAAAGUGAGGAACGUUUACACAUAAAACAUUGUAGGAAGUCUUCCUAUUGAGAAUGUCUGUGUUUAUGAAGCUUGAAGCUGCUUUGGCGGCAAGAAGCAAACCAAUUAAAAUGGGCUCUAGAUAAUUCUGCCAAGAAGAGAGGUCAAACAUUCAGCAAGGAUCAUGUUAGAAGGUUGUUUCCUGAAAUGAACGAUUUCUCUGCAACAUUUGUCCACCCAUUUAAAUAUUACAGAAGAUGUAAUCAUCCCCCCCAUCAUGAUUAAAAGCUGAAACCGAAUGGCCUUCAUGUCCAUGAGGAGUGUAUGUAAACUUCUGACUAGAUUGUGCACUUGGGUCAUUAAAUCCAAAACUACAGGCAAGAGUUUCUCUUCCUCUGUCAGAAUGUGACAAAUAUCCCUCCCACCAGCACAUUCAGAUCGCUCUAAUUAAUUUUAUUUUGCUUUAUAGAGGAACAAGGGUAAUGAUGCGAGUGAAGAAAUGGUCCAAAACAACAACUCGCUGAUUAUUUGGCUUCUAAAGAUACUUAAUGUGCUCCCAGUUUAUUGCUGCCAUUUGUGUCUCUGUAGUGAGCUGAAAAAAAAGCGAGGCUUCUUCCCCCCCUCCCCCCACCCCACACACACAGAAUCCAGAAAGCCAAUUAAGCGUUUUCCACCCGAAUGUCAAUUCUCAUCCAUAUACAGACUGUUCUGCCUUUGCAGCACAGAAAUGGGCUGCAUGCAGCCCAUGCAGACGUUAACUUUUUUUUUUUUAUGUCGGUUCUUUUACCUCCACUUGAUGAAUGUUGUUUUUUUGUUUUUUUUGCCAAAUGGGUACGAUGUCUGCAGCUUUACAACGUAAACUUUGCAAGGUGCUGACUAAAAGGGACGCAGAGCGGUACGACCCGCGUCAAACCACUGGAGCCUGACCUGCCAUCGUGUAAUAUAAAUCCAGAGUCUCUUGUUAUUUGACAGUCGGGGGGGGGCAGUUUAUUUCUGUAACAAGCAUUUGUAUUCUGUGAGGAUGCUUUUAUGGAACUUUCACAACAUUGUGUAUAUUUAUUAAUGAUGUUAUUAAGAAAAAGGCUGUUUUUAAACCGGAUGAGACAUGCAAUAAAACCAUAAUGUUGUGGUUCGCUCGAUCCUAAUCACUCGCGUCCCAAACUCACUGGAGACGUCCCGUUAACUUUGCUGCCUAUAAAAAGCUUUGUGGUGCCUCUGACCCGAGGGGAGGUGGAGGCCUUUAAAGGCCCAGUUUCCCACCUUCUUCUCCAGACGACCGCUCCUGUAAAAACACCCCAAUAAUGGAAUGGGGCCCGUUUCUCUGAAGAGAGACAAACUGGGAGCUGCUAUCUUUAAUUAGGUGUGUUGUGAAAUGACCAAAACCAAUUAAAAUCUCCAUUUUUUUUCCUCCCCUCUUGCUGAAACAAACAUGAAAUUACAAGCAACAAAAAAAAAAAAAAAAAAAAAAAGCAGCCAGGCUCCUGCUUCAGGGCCAUUGUAAUUACCUUUCGUCUCUGACCAAGUCCUAAGGGCUCAGUUUAAAUCGGCUGUUCCUCCUCCUCCAUGUGUUUUUUUUUUUUUUUCUCCCCUCAACCAUCAGUGGCACAACUAGUUUUCUGUGGCUUGAAGCAGAAUACAUUGAAAACUCUGCAGUCGCCCUGCAAGGUGUAAAUAUUGAUGACAGUAUGGGCUCCCUGGGUCCGUCUCUCGUCCUGCGGGUGGGGCUCCAGCCACCUGCAGCGCUGCCUGUGCUGUCAGACUGACGAUGGCGUCGGACGCGCCGUUCAAAGGCCGGAUGAAUGGAAAUAAAACCUUGUCUAACAAAA